CUCAAUUUUUUAAAUUGAAAAAGCUUGUAAAAAACAAAAAAAGAAAAUCAGGCCUUGGAGGUCGAAGUUAACAGAUAGUUGGGCCAUCGGUGAGAAAGGCUAGCUAACAUGGGCUGGGCGGGACUGCCGGUUGCCUCACACGUUUUGCACCCUGCUAUGCAGUCUGGUCCCUGAUUGCGAUCGGAUAAUGUUUUUCGAGUUUUGAGUUUAGACUUGAGUCGAGCUUCUUAUCCUAACUAAAGAGAACGGCAACACCGGAGUAGUCCACCGCCAGUCUUGCCACCAUGGUUCCGUUUUGAACUCCAAUAGACUCGCUCUCCCGUUGUCUUCAAUGACCAAUGGCGAUCUCAACUGUUCCCCUUCAUCAUAUCAUUGGGCACUUCAGCUAUUCUCGCCGGGAAAGGGAAUAUCAUCAUGGUUAUAGUCGUGGUCAUGAGUGGUCACCGACACCAAGAUCCACGUAUCGUUUGAAACCCAUUAAUGCUUCCGUGGAAACUCCUCCUUUUCCACUCUUUCAGCCUCCCCCACUUCAAGAAUCUCCCUCUCAGUUGGAGCCUGCAGACCCUGAUUUCUACAAGAUAGGUUAUGUUCGAAGUAUGAGAGCUUAUGGAAUUGAGUUUAAGGAAGGACCAGACGGUUUUGGAGUCUAUGCCUCCAAAGAUGUUGAGCCUCUUCGUCGUGCCAGAAUUAUCAUGGAAAUACCUUUAGAAUUGAUGUUGACAGUAAGGCAGAAGCUGCCAUGGAUGUUCUUCCCUGAUAUAGUUCCAAUAGGUCAUCCCAUAUUUGAUAUCAUAAACUCAACCAAUCCUGAGACGGAUUGGGAUCUGAGAUUGGCAUGCCUUCUUCUGUAUGCGUUUGAUAGGGAUGAUAACUUUUGGCAACUAUAUGGAGACUUCUUACCUAAUACAGAUGAGUGCACUAGCUUGCUUUUUGCUACAGAGGAUGACCUCUCACAGCUGCAGGAUCUUGAUCUUGCUUCAACUAUGAGAAAACAACAACUAAGAGCCUUAGAAUUUUGGGAAAAGAAUUGGCAUUCAGGUGUUCCCCUGAAAAUAAAGCGCCUUGCUCGUGAUCCAGAGAGAUUCAUUUGGGCUGUUAGCAUGGCACAGUCACGCUGCAUUAACAUGCAAAUUAGAAUUGGUGCUCUAGUUCAAGAUGCAAAUAUGCUAAUUCCUUAUGCUGACAUGCUAAAUCAUUCAUUUCAGCCAAAUUGUUUUCUCCACUGGCGUUUUAAGGAUCGCAUGGUUGAGGUGAUGAUAAAUGCUGGACAGAGGAUUAAAAAAGGAGAUGAGAUGACUAUCAAUUAUUUGAGUGGACAGCAGAAUCAUAUGUUCAUGCAACGAUAUGGCUUCUCUUCAUCUGUGAAUCCUUGGGAUUUAAUAGCAUUUUCUGGCAACGCACAUAUUCACUUGGACUCUUUCUUGUCAGUCUUCAAUAUAGCUGGUCUUCCUGAUGAGUAUCAUUAUAACAGUGGAGAUAAUUUUGUUAAUGGGGCAGUCAUAGCAGCUGCAAGAACAUUGCCCACAUGGUCAGAUGGUGAUGUCCCUGCAAUCCCUAGCAUGGAAAGGAAAGCUGUGAAGGAGUUACGGGAAGAAUGUCAGCAGAUGCUUGCACAAUUUCCUACAACUUCUGAGCAAGACCAGAAAUUACUAGAUUCCAUUCCUGAACCAAGGAAGACACUUGAAACUGCAAUCAAGUACAGAUUGCACCGGAAAUUAUUCAUAGAGAAGGUCAUCCAGGCAUUGGAAAUCUAUCGAGAGCGUAUAUUGUUUUAAAUUAGUUUUCAACUUGCUAGGAUCGCAGAUAGUUUUGUUCAAUAGCUGAUGUCAAAAAGCCAUUAAGGAUGCUUAUUAAAAAAAAAAAAAAA